GCCAUCACUUCUUUACUGCCACUUCCGGAAUUAUUUUACUACGUAAACAAUGGCUGUCUGUGUCGCAGUUAUUGGAAAAGAUAACUCCCCGCUAUAUAUCGGCGGGAUCGGCAAUGAUACGAGUACGGACAAUGAGCUAUCGCGGCAGUGGCUCGUUCACACUGCCUUAGAUGCGUUGGAAGAGAGACUCGCCACAACUAACGCAAAUAAUACGGGCAGCAAUACCAACACAGCGCGAACUGACCUGCGAGAUCUAUAUUUAGGAUUACUUUAUUCUACUGACACUCACAAAAUAUAUGGAUAUGUCACAAAUACGAAGAUAAAACUGGUUCUGGUGACAAGCUCUACUUCGCCCAGUGGCAGCAAUAUACGUGAUUCUGAAGUACGCACGGCAUUAAGGAGAUUACACGCUUUAUAUGCAGAUGCGAUGUGCAACCCAUUCCAUCUACCUGGUGACCCGAUUACAUCCUCAAAAUUCGACAAGCAAGUCAAGAAUUUGAUGUUGAAUAAUGUCUGAAAGUGGAUAUUUUAUUGUGAGAGGUCUCAAUAUUUUUCUGUGUUAUUGCGUUCCGUCACGAAGAGAAGACGCAUUUAUUAUUGUACGCUAUAAUGUAACCUAAAUAAACAUCACUAUUUUAUAUGUUAUGUCUACUCUAUACCUAAUAGGCAAAAAGUUAGUUACAGUUAACAUCGUCGUAUAAUGGCUUAAUGUGUAUAAAAUAAAUGAAGUAUAAAUCAGUAUUUGUGAAA